CAUCCACUUCCGGAAUGUAGCGUAGAUAAAGUUUUGGAUGUUGUCCGCCAUAAACCCCACAGAUGAAGAAGAAGCGUAGCUAAAUAAUAAAGACGGUUACAAGAUUUAGAAGAUGGUUCUGAAUUUCCCUUCCUAGCCCUACGAAAAAGCGUACAGUUACUGUAUCUUCGAACGAAGCGUGCUGUUGUUGUGAUUGUCAUGGUGGAAAAUUCUCCCUCCCCCCUGCCAGAAAGGGCCAUCUACGGCUUUGUUCUGUUCCUUGGCUCACAAUUUGGCUUCUUUUUGUAUUUGGUGUGGGCCUAUGUACCAGAUGAAUGGCUUCAUUCAAUAGGGCUUACUUACUGGCCUCAAAAGUAUUGGGCUGUUGCUGUGCCAAUCUAUCUGCUGGCUGCAGUAGUAGUCUGUGUAGUCAUGUUGUUUGGGGUGAACAUGAUUAACACUGCUCCACUCAGCUCAGUGGACAACAUAACAGAUGUCUAUGCCAGAGGUCAGCGGAUAGAUGACUGCCAGAAGAGGGCCAUACCCAGAUUAAAGGAUGUCUCCAUCAGUGAAGUGAACAGAAUUUUCUAUUUAUCACCUCAAUGACAACCAGAUUUGUCGCAAAGUGAAUACAGGACUAGGAAGAAUGGCAUUACCUCAGUGAGGAUGCUGACUAAGAAAAUUAACAAAUAGCUGAUUGAUGCUAUGUUUUAUAUGCACUGCAGAGAUAAUUCCUUGAUGGAAAAGUGUUUUCUCAUGAUACUUAUUAAGUAUUUGUUAAGCGCUACCGUUUUUUCCCUAUUGUAAAUGUCUUCCAAAUUAUUUCAUUUUUUUAUUGCACUUUUCCUUUUGUUUUGGUAUAUGAAUGAUUUUGGCCUGGAUUCACAAGUCGUCUGAAAAUAAAUCUCAGAAGCUCCUCAAGAA